AUGGAACUAAGCUCUUCAGCUCAUACAGGGAUAUCUGUGUCUCUGACUGUGCCUGGAGAAACCUGGACCAGUGACUGCCAAGAGUGUACUUGUGAGAAAUAUUCUCUCAUAGUGCGGUGUGAACCAAAGCGAUGCCAUGUAUCACCUACCCCACUGCACUGUCCAUUUGAAGGAUUUGUAUCUAUCUCAACACUAUCACCUGAAGACAAAUGCUGUCCCCGUCAAGAAUGUGUAUGCAACACUACUUACUGUCCCAAGUCCAUCGAGACCUGCCCACCAGGGUACAAAUUAAAACAACAAAAGCUGCCAGGAGACUGCUGUCUAAGCACCACUUGUGAGAAGGUACCAGGCUGUGUCGUCAAUGAGACCUUCUAUAAACCUGGAGCAGUCAUUCCACGUGGCCCCUGUGAAACAUGCAGAUGCUCUGUUGAUGAAGAUCCUGGAAGCAAAUCGAAUGUGAUAGUAUGCAGAUCACAAACAUGUGACAGAAGCUGCCCAGAGGGACAUAAAUACAAAGAAAUUCCUGGGGAAUGCUGCGGUCACUGUGUCCCCGUAGCAUGCAUUCUGAAACUGAGCCCCACAGAUUCCAAAGUUAUCAAGCCAGGAGAAACCUGGUACCAUCCAGAAGACAACUGUACCUCCUACCAAUGUGAACGGAUUGAAGACAAGUAUAUUCCUGUCACUGUCAAGAUAAGCUGUCCUCCAUUUAAUGAAUCUGCCUGCUCACACGAUGCUGUGAAACUGACUGAGAACGGCUGCUGCAAGACAUGUCCACCUGUGGAGCAAAAAGACUGUGGACCACAAAGCAUCCCAACAGUCAUCAAAUACAAUGGCUGUAAAUCUUCCUCCUCUGUUGUGUUAACCUAUUGUGAAGGUCAAUGUGGCAGCUCUUCAAAGUAUUCUUACAAGGCGAAUGCCAUGGAUCACAAUUGCUCAUGCUGUCAGGAACAGAAGACUAGCAAGAAGCACGUGACCCUCACAUGCCUUGAUGGUUCCACCAUAGAUUAUUCCUAUAUCUACGUCGAAGAGUGUGCUUGUACGAGCAGCGAGUGCAUUCCCCAUCCCAGUCCAACACCUACACAGCAACAGCAGCAGCAGCAACAGGAAGAAGAGCCACAACAGGAAGUUCAACAGCAGUUUGAACAGAAAUAAUCUCAGCCUAACCACUUCAGCCAUUUUAAGAAAUAAACAAGACCAGGAAUUAAAUUAGAGCUAUUAAAAUAAAAGAUGCUGUUCUUGAUAGAAAAGUAUCCAAAAAAGCACAUACAGAUUAAUAUUUUCUAUAUCUAAUACUGGCAGAAAGGCCUUAUUCUUUUCUUUGGGGUGCCACAACAAUACAUUCCAUCUGUAUGCCAUGGGUUUAGGCUUGAGUGAGAACCACCCUCCCCAUCCAGUUGCAAAUAAGGGGGGGGGGAAGCCUGUGUAUUACCCCAUAAAAAGUUUGGACAUAGAAGGGCUUUGGCUUGAAUUUUUCCUCUUUUGAAAUUAAGACUGCGAAAUUGACCAAACCUCCUAUAGUAAUUCUUUUCUAAUACAGGCAGAAGAAUUUUCACCACCAAUUGGCCUAAGUCAUUCAUUAUUUUGGAACAGAAUUGCUAUUCACAGAAUUCCAUUUCAUUCCAUUUUCAUUUGGCAAGGUUGUCUGUUCCUAUCCACCACAGUUGCAAAUGUAGGCUUCAUUUUCCCAAUUUGUUCUCCCUAUCCAUCAUUUCAAAUCAUUUCCUCUAUGAAUUUCACUCAUUCAAAAGAUACAGGGCUAUAAUAUUAGGGGAUUAUUUGUAGAUUUAUUCUUGUGCAGAAGGAAAACCUGACAAAGUAUGGCUGCUGCUGGAAAGACUCUCUGUUUACAUGAUAUCAUUAGCAUAGUAAUUGUAUGAAGAUCUUAAAUUUUUAAAAUAAUUGUUUACAGAAUGAAUAUAGAUAUAUUUGCCAAGGGUCAUAUGAAGAACUUUUGUAAACCAAAGUAGUAAAAAAUAAUAUACAUUUUGUUCUACAACAGUGAAUUUUUUUAUGUUGUACCACUACUAUUUAUUUGUUUCUGGAAAAUAGACUUUGGGGGCUAUUUUGUUCUGAAUCCAUACUGUCUGUCAACUAAUGCCUGGUUGAGGGAUAACUCCACCUUUUUACAAUUUGCAUUUGUUUCUUUAGAAGAACAGUUCCAAUGAUUAAUAAAAUUUUAGCAUUUUGCAGCUGU